CUGAAAGUUGUAAGAAAGUUUGAGCUAUGUUGGGAAAACUUUCUCUUUUGUGAUGAGCCGAAAUCUCUCUCAUUUCCUCGACAUUUUAUUUAGGGGAGCGAGAGGGUUUGAAGGAAUAAAUUCGCUACCAAGUGAAGUUUUUAAUUAAACAUUAAUUGGGAAGAACAUUCCUAUUUUAAAAGGACGGUUGCCAGGAGCACAGAAAAACAAGACCACCCAGGAGGCUCUAUUAGGUGGAUCCCACUCUAAAACACUAUAAUCUGCAAUGGAGGAAUAAACAUUGCCGUCUCAAAACGUUCUCCCUUACUUCCCUCGCAAUGUUUGCAGAUGGCAAAGGUGUCUUGAGGGUGUUUGCUGUUUGGGAUGGAGAGAUUGUUCGAGUUAUUUGAAUGGCGGCCAGCAGCAGUCCUGCACUGGCCAGCUGUUCAGCCCGAGCCGGAUGGACCAUCCUUUCCAGUCAGUUGCAGGUUUAUCCCGCUUUCCUGGCGAUCGCUGUGGUGCUGGGCUUUGUCCUGGGAAUCGCUGGUGCAGUACUUCUUUAUAUAUUUGUACUGGAACCAGCCUUGCAAAGGAAGGAACAUUGUUCAAGUGGGACUGAUGAUGAUUCCUGUUCUGAAUAUUCCGAUGAUAGCCAGAGUUUUAAAAGCAAUGAGGACGAAAGAGGCGCUAAACGUGGAGCUUCCCCUUAUUAUGAAGAAAAUGAAACAUCAUUGAACAGUAAUAUAGCUGCUUUUGCACUGAAGGCAAGAGUCAUAUAUCCCAUUAAUCAAAAAUUCAGGCCACUAGCAGAUGGAUCAUCUCAUCCCUCUCUAUUAGAAGGAUUGAAGCAGAGAGAUUCCAUCAAAAGAACAAAAGAAGAUUUUGUUUUAUCAGAUUCUGAGUUCCUCGAUCUCAAGAGUGAGAGAGAUUACAAUUGCUUUCCAGGGAAUUAUCCACCAUCAACAACAGUCUGUAACGAAAAUAACACAGUUCCGAUAGUGACAUUCUUUUCUGAAUUACUGGGAUAUACAAGUCCUGAAGCUGAGCUUGGCCUGUACAGAUUCAGUCUGCAAACCCUAAGGCUUUUAGAUGCAGAAUUACGACAAGAACAGUAUAUGAUGUUUCUUCAACUACUAAAAUUACAACUGAAUGAUUUGUACUUGAAAGAGAAAAUAGAUGAGACGUUUUACAGAGACUUUCUAUCCACACAAGAAAAGGAACUGGAAAAGCUACAGAACUUGGAGCAGCCGGUGUUGCUAGGUGACACCAACAGGAAAGAUUGUGAGCAACCUUAUACUUUGGAGGAAGCUGAACAAGAUGAACACAGUUACUUGCAAUAUACUAUACACCAGCUCAGCGGAUUUUUCAAGCAAACUGAAAGUGCCUGGUCCUCCUUUUUGAAUCAUUCCAAACUCCCCAAGAUCACUGUACAGGAGUUAAUGAGGAACAUAAGUGAAAAAAUGUUGCAGGUGGAAAUUCUGCUAACUGACUCCUUGACUUUUCAAAUCACGGUUAUUCUGGAUAGGCUAAUGCAUUGGGAGUUCAUGACAAAGAGCCUUCAAUCCUUGACAUGGCUUGUGCAGCAAGAAAGCAAGGACAAAUUAAUGAUGGUGACAUCAGUGUUGACUGUUCUCAACAGGGAUGGUACAUUGGCUUUUUGGCAAAAAGAAGAAAUUUUAGCCAGAAUACAACACUCUGUUCAAGACAGUGUGGACACAUACAUCAAUGAAUGUGCAAAACAAACUAAAGAUCUCAUUUUGGAAAUGAAGAGAAGACACAGAACUUUGAUGAAACGACUUGAAGAAACACAAAGACAUGAGACAAUGAAUCUAAAAGAGCAAACGACUCAAAUGCUUACUCCAACCGAGUUUAUUCAGAGUUGUCAUGAGCUUGCAGAGAGACACAGACAGACCCGCUGUGAUGUGGAGGACAAGGAGAAUCAUAAUGAUGUUAAGGCAAUUACUAAACUGUGGAAGAAUCUGCAUUCUACGUCAUCACGGAUUCUGGACAAACUGAUGGAGGAGCUCUUCACAGAAACCCUACCAAAACUAACCAGCGUAUCAUUACCUGCGAUGGAAACUCUGAGAAGCCGUCUGCAGCAAGACCUGACAGCAAGAAAAAAAGCAGCUGCAGAAGAAAGAAAACAACAUUUGAAACAAUUUCAUGAAAAACUGGCCCAAAUGAAACAGGUAUGGAUGGAUGAGAAAGUAAUCAACUCGGUGAAACAAAAAUAUCUGAUCGAUAAGCAGGAGAAGAUCAUUCAAGGAUUCCUACUGAGGCAGCGUGACCUAGAGGAGAUGGUUUCUGAACACAUUAUUCUGGAGCACCAGGUAGCUUUACAACCCAUGCUUAGGCAGCUAACUCUAAGGCACUUCAGCCUCUUGAUACUCAAAGAAAUGAGGCUUUUCAAGGCAAAAUGCCUGUUCAGUGAACUUGGGGAGCAACGGAUGAAGGAACCACCCAUUUGGGAUCAGCUUGAGGAUGAAAACGUGAAGCUACAGGAUAAUGAGAUGUCCAAAUUCUCAGAAGAACAGAGGAAGCUGUGGAAAAAGGCUGACGUAAUUAUUCACCAACAGCUUGCUGCAGAAUGUCAGGCUUUUGUGGAUCUUUUACAGCAUCACAUGGCAUGGAAGAUUGGCCGUGCUCUUACCCAUCAAGCCAGAGUGCGGUCAUUCAAGCAAAACCAUGAUGACAACACGCAGAAACUUAAGAAUCUAUUAGUGGAGAGAGCAACUGAAAGUGUCUAUGUGACAAUGGAAGGUGUAACCAAUCUAAUCCAGAACUAUUACCAGAAGAUCGAAGAAAUCAUGAAUGUGUACCAAAAAGACAAAAAGGAUCAGCUGAGUUUCAUGCAAGAAACAUUUAAAAGACAAAAACUCAGCAUGGAAGCAGCUUUGGAGGACAACCUGAAGACCGACUUAGUCAAUGUGAAAACAAAUCCUCUUCUACCAAGAAGAAUUCAACACCAGUUGGUGCUACAGCAGAAAAGGACUAUAUCCAUGUUGUUGCUUGAAGAGGAGACAAAUAUGGAGUUCCUAAAGAAGAGGACAGUGCUGCUUCAUCAGCUGAAGGAGCAGGUUGAUUCGCGCCUAAAGGUGGCAGAAAAAACAUUCAUGUCACAACUUGCUGCUUUAGCCAGAGUUCCCAAAGCAGAUUGGAAGACUCUGGAGAAGAAAUUCCUUUCAGGACCUGCAAGUGGGAGACGUAAAAGAAGGGAACCCUAUUUAUACAAACAGCUAAGUGAAACCACAUAAAAACAGCAAAAGGAAUAUAUUAUCUGACCAUUGUACUAUGUUACAGUGUGCUUCCAUAUGUUUCCAUACUCAACUUUUAUACCAGUGACUAUGACGAGCAUUAGUUGUUGUUUUUUCAUACUAGAUCACAUGUUCACAGAAUUGGUAUAGGACAGAAGGAGACCAAUCAGCCCCUCAUGUCUGCACUGGCUCUCUGACUUAGUGUCAAACUCCUCUUUCCCAUAGCUUUGUAGAUCAUUUAUCUUUAAGAUAAUCAUCCAAUACCCUCCUGAAUGCUUCCGUUGAACCUCCCUCCACCGUACUUCUCAGCAGCACAUUCAGAAUCUCUGUGGAAUUUUUUUUUCUCACCUCACAUUUGCUUCUUUUACAAAGCACUUAAAUUGUGCCUGCUAGUUCUUGAUCCUUUUACAAUGGGAACAAUUUCUUCCCAUCUACACUGACUAGACCAUCAUGACUUCUCCAAUCUUUGUAUCUGUCAGAUACUCUGCACUCUGGGUUGCAGUAGCUCUGCUGGUGCUGAUUCUGCUCUUGCCAUCAUCCUGAUUAUUUAUUUCCAAACUUAACUUCUGUUCCUUGUCCUCUUGUUAAUCUGUCUUACACUCAGUCCAUGUUCUCAUAUUUUCCUCCUAUCCUUCAGAUCAAGGUUUCUUCUUAUUACCACUGCCCUGUAAACUUUACAUUUAUAAUUUCUAAUGUCUGCAAACUUAAGCAAAGUCACACAUUAAUCAUGACUUUGAAAAUUCAAGCUCAAAUCUUAACCAGAAGGGAACCUGUUAGAGAUGUGUAAGAUUAUGAAAUCCAUAGAUAGAAUGGAUAGGAAGGCACUUUUUCCAUUGGUAGAGAUGUCAAUAACCAGGGACCUAGAUUUAAGGUAUGACAUAGAAGCUAAGAGGAGAGUUGAAGUUUUUUUCACCCAGAGGGUGGUACAAGUCUGGAACUCACUGGCUGAAAUUGUGGAUGAGUCAGAACAUCUCAUAACAUUUAAAGAAAAUUUAGAUGUUCCCUUGAAUUGCCGUAGCCCUCAGGAUAAUGGGCCAAAAGGUGGAAAACGGGAUUAGUGUGGACACAUAGGGCUGAAUAGCCUCCUAUUGCUAUAAACGUCAAUGAGUUUAUAAGCCAGUUACCAAAAUCGAUUUCAUGGAUUGGCUUUCUGUUUACUUCCUACAUUAUUUGGGGUGGCAUGGUGCCUGAGUGGUUAGCACUGCUGACUCUCAGUGUCGGGGACCUGGAUUCGAUUCCAGCCUCGGGUGACUGUCU